AUGCAAAUAAUCCACCAAUCUAUAGAUAAGAUUGAUCAAUUAAAUCGAAUAAUAAUUAAAGGAAAAUUAAGAGAUUUUUUGAUGUUACAAAUAAGGUAGGUAAUAACAGAUUAAAAUUGGGAUACAAUAUUUCUCAUUAUUCAUUAUUAAAUAAUAUUCCCGUUUUAAUAUCGAAAGUAAAAUUAUUUCAUCCAGUUUGAUAUUUCAGAUUAAGUUAUCAUAUAUAUUUAAUAAUAUAGAUAAUUGUUGACAAAAGAGAAGUGAAAAGCAAAAAGUAGAAGCAAAUCCAGAAGUAAAUUCAGAAAUAGACGUAGAUUCUUUCUCAAAUAAGGACUAAACUGAUUAUUAUGAAAAUUAAAGGCACAAAUGGAAAGAGUAAUAGAAAAAAAAAUUGA